CAUUGGCUGAUGAAAGAUGUAAAGGGCGGGCUCUUUUAUUUUGACUUUUUUGUGUGUGGAAGUGGUUUCAUUGUGCUGGACUUGACGUGGUUCAGUGAUAAAGAGGCGCAGCAGCAGGACGGUGGAGGUAAACCUGCUGCAGUCCGCCGGUGGACACAGUGCUGCAGCUCCGGUCUGUCCUCUAACAAAAGAACUAACUCACAACCCGACGGGAGAGGAAUAAACUGAACCAGUGACACAACGGAGACAAAUAAGGAAUCAUUUCAUUUAACAUGUAAUUAUUGAAAACGAAAACAAAAAGGUGUUAAUAUUUUCCCAUAAAUUAAGAGAAACUUGUUGGAAUUUGCUUCCACGAUAUGGAGCAGCUAAUAAUUACUUUUUAGUUAAGCUGAAGCUAGUUUUGAGGUUUGACACCAGCUGGAACAGUGAGAGUGCUGGAGGCAGGGUAAGGUAAAUGGAAGCUCACUUGUUGUGCUGUGAGGGGGACAGGCCUGCCAUCCGAAGGGCCCACCGGGACUCCAACCUGUUGACUGACCGGGUCUUGCACGCUUUGUUGCGGGCAGAGGACAGGUACCUGCCCGCUGCCAACUACUUCAAAUGCGUCCAGAGAGAAAUAGCCCCGUAUAUGAGGAGGAUAGUGGCUACCUGGAUGUUGGAGGUAUGCGAGGAGCAGAAGUGUGAGGAGGAGGUUUUCCCUCUGGCUAUGAACUACAUAGACCGCUUCCUGUCAGUGGAACCUACCAAGAAGAACCACCUGCAGCUGCUGGGAGCUGCCUGCAUGUUCCUGGCAUCCAAGCUGAAGGAGACCAUCCCACUCACUGCUGAGAAACUCUGCAUCUACACAGACAACUCUAUCACACCCACUCAGCUGCUGCAAAUGGAGCUGCUGGUGUUGAACAAGCUCAAGUGGGACCUGGCUUCGGUGACCCCUCUGGACUUCAUUGACCACUUCCUGUCUCAGCUGCCUAUCAGGAGGGAGAACAGGCCCAUACUCAGGAAGCAUGCUCAGACCUUUGUGGCGCUGUGUGCCACAGAUGUUAAAUUCAUAGCCAGCCCUCCGUCCAUGGUGGCAGCAGGCAGCAUGGUGGCAGCAGUGGAGGGCUUACAGAUGAGAAUAGUGGGCAAUGCCAUGAUGUCUCAGAAACUGACAGAGCAGCUGGCACAGACCAUCAGGAGUGACCCGGACUGUCUGAGGGCGUGUCAGGAACAAAUCGAGUCGCUGCUGGAAACCAGUCUCAGACAUGCACAACAACAGCAACAUUCGGUAACCAUGGAAACUAAGAAUAUCGGUGAGGGGCAGGACCUCUCGACUACACCUACAGAUGUGCGGGACGUCAACAUCUGAUGGAGUUCAAUGAGAAGAGAGACACGGUGUGAACUGAUUACAUGGACACACACACACA